ACCCCUAAAUUGAAUGUGACUGACAAUGGCCUCAUCAAAGAUGAGUGUGUCUGAAGCUAAUUCCCGUGCUUCCAAUGAGAAGAGGUUUCUUUUCCAGUCUAUUCUUGGUCAGGGCUCCUUUGGUACUGUAAUGAAAGCAAAGGAUAAGGUUACUGGAGAUCUGGUAGCCAUUAAAAUAGUGAAAACCCACUCAUCACUGUUGGACAGGAUUCUAAAGAGAAGGUCCAAGGAACUGGCUGAAGCUCAUCAAGAAGUGGACAUGUUACUGAAACUUUCACACAAGAAUGUACUCCAUAUGGAAAGCUAUUACGAGUUUAGAGUCAAAUUAAAAGAAGUGGGACUGUGUAUUGUCACCGAGUAUUGCUCUAAUGGAAACUUGCAGCAAUACUUGAGCUCCAAUGAUUCAAAACCUGGGAGAGAUGAUUGCAUGAAUUGGUAUUUGCAGCUCACUUCUGGUCUGGCCUAUAUUCACAGUAAAGGCAUAGUACACAGAGACCUGAAACCUCCGAACAUUUUAAUAACGAGUUCUAAUGAUCUUAAAAUAGCUGACGUUGGUCUUGCUAAGGCGGUAUGGGAUCUCAAGACAGAAUCAAAUGAGGCUCCAUCUGAUACUAGCUUCCUCCACUACAUGAGCUCCAUAACUGGCACUCCUUGCUACAUGGCCCCUGAAGUUUGGGAGGAACAUUACAACACUUCCAGUGAUGUAUUUUCACUUGCUCUGAUCUUUAUUAUGAUCCGUGAAGCUCCCAGUCCUCUAUUGCCAGUUGGGAAAUGGAAUGAGCGAACAGAUUCAAUUGGAUUAUUGUUGUAUCGGUAUCCUGAUAGUCGUCUUGAGGAACCUGUUUCUUUGUUUUCACCAUCCUUCUCUGUCUCUGAUCAAAAAGAGAAACUCCUUUUUAAUAAAAUGUUGCAAUACGAUUAUCACAAGCGACCGACUCUGCAGGAAAUAAUGACUGAAAUUGAGGAUAUGAGAAGGCCCCGGCCGCAGGAAUUGGAGACCACAUCAGAUGAAGAUAAUGGUGACAACAGCAGUUGGUGUGUGAUAAUUUAAAUUAAAUUGGUUAUUGAAUUUGUAUUUUGAACAAGGGAAACAUUAUUCAAUUUUGGGACAUUGUGUCACUGUGUAAACAGCUUUGUAAAUUUACUGUAUCUGAUAAGAAGCUGUUGUAGUCUUGUAGACAGCUGUUACUAACCAUCUGUA